CCAUGCGUAUCGUAGGUACAGCAGAUCCAGCUCUGUAUGAGCAAAGAAAUGUGCACUCUCAAACCCUAGCCAGCUCUCAAACUCGAAUUCAUCGACCAAUCUCCACAUUUCUGUAACAAAUUCUCCAAUCUUCAAACCGCUUCGAUCGUUAAUUUUGACGCCUCGAAAGAUGCUCUGUUCAAUCUCGACUGGCAAAUGCGGUUCCAAAUGGCUCGAUCGGCUUCGAUCAUCCAAAGGCUUCCCGGCCGACGACGACCUCGAUCUCGGACAAUUUCUAAAUCACCACAACCCUAACGUCUCCAACUCUUCAGAUACAGAAGCGGCGGACUCAAACACAAACAACAUUGGUCCAAAAUUAAACCUCAAUUCAUCUUCUCAGCUCGACAAACUACCUGUUUUGGAUCGCAGUCGAACGCCGGAGACUUCUAACCGAAAUGAGAGCAAAGAGUUGGUUAGUGUAUUAAACAAUGUCCUCGCUGAGCUUUUUGUAAUGGGAGACGUAGAUAAUUUUCCGAGAAUUAACAGGAAAAAGAGUUUUCGGAAACAGCCAAACCCUAGAAUUUGUGUUGCUUCAACGUCUACGAAUACGGACGAGAAUACGUGCCAAGACGAUUUUCGGAGAGAGGAAGAUAAUUCGCCCACGUUACCGUCCAGUGGUGAUAAUAGUCGUGUGGAGAUAAAUGGAGCGACCGAUCACAUGAAGUCAACGGAAGAAGAAGAAGAAGAAGAAGAAGAAUACGGUAAUGUUGGCGAGGAGGAAGAGAAGUGUCAUGCAGAUCUAUCCAAGUUUUCGAAGACUGAGGUUACGGUGAUAGACACUAGCUGCCCGUCGUGGAAAUUUGAGAAGUUGUUGUUCAGAAAUAGGAAUGUGUGGAAAGUUCGUGAUAAGAAGAGUAAAGCGAUUAAUUUGGGGAAGAAGAAGAGGAAGGCGAAUGUAUUGGAUGAUUGUGCUGAAGAGAAGAAAGCAAAGGUUUCUGUUGGGCAGUGUUCUUCUUCCAUGGAAGGAAAUUAUGGAGAGGAGGGUCCAAUGCCGCCAAAUGAAGUCCAUCAUCAGAGUGACGAGGUGGAAGAAGGCUGUAAAGAGACAGUGGCUAUUCUUCCCCAAGUUCCUACAAAGAGGCUUCCCAGCAAGUUGAAAAAGGAAGGCUCAUCUGUUGUACUUGUUAAAAGCAUUCCUACAAGUAAGAAAAAUGGGGCAAGCAUUGGUAAAAGCUGUCUGGAGGCAACUCAAAAACUUCUCAAGGCUUGAUUAAGUAUGCUAUUCUGAAGUGGAAGCAACCAGCAUCUGCAGCAAAACCUACUAUGCAACUAAUGGCAGGCAGAGUCUUCUAUCGGCUUUUGUUAGAUUUUUAUCAUAUUGGCUCCAACUAUACAAUUGCCCUUUCCACAAAUGUAUGACAUCUUGACAGAAACCCAAGAGGCUUGUAACAAGUUGAGCAGUGUUAUUAAUUUUAGAGGAGAAAAACUAAUUUGGAUAAGUAGAUAUAAGAAUAAAACUAUGCGUCCUAAAUUUGUUUACCAAAUGUUAUAUUCUAAAUAAUGUGUCAAAAUCAUGUGCAUUGAAUGUUUGGUAAAAGUUAGUGGAUCCCACUAAUUCAACCAUCUAUAUUGAUUUGAG